AUGGACGCCAUCACGACAGGCUGUCUUCGCCGCGUCUUCGCUGGCGAGCAGAUCAUCGACCCCAUUGUUCAAUGUGUUCAGAUCAAGCCUAUGAACAACUCAGCGACUGGUGUUGAGAGAUUCCGCGUCGUCUUCAACGACACUGUCAACUUCAUCCAGAGCAUGCUUGCUCAACAGACCAACCACAUCGUACACGACGGCAAGCUGAAGAAGGGCUCGCUUGUCAAGCUCAAGUCGUUCCAGGCCAACUCAGUCAAGGAUAAGCCUAUCCUUGUUAUCAUCGACCUUGAAGUCCUCGACGAAUAUGGCGAGUGCGAGAAGCUUGGGCAGCCUGGUCCGCUCGAGGUAGUCAAGUCUGAGUCCGAACCUGCCGCCGCUCCAGCACCAGCUGCAGCACCAGCUCCUCAAGCACAACCUGCUGGCAUCUCCGGCAACCAGUUCUACGGCAACAAGCCCCAACCGCAACAAUCGGCUCCACAAAGACAACUGCCCACACGUUCCCAGAACGCUCCUCAUGGAGGCAACAUCUAUCCCAUCGAAGCUCUAUCACCAUACCAGCCCAGAUGGACCAUCAAGGCCAGAUGUUCGCACAAGGGUGAAAUCAAGACGUGGCACAACAAGAACGGCGAGGGCAAGCUCUUCAGCUGCAAUUUCCUCGACGAGAGUGGCGAGAUCAGAGCGACUGGUUUCAAGGAGGCUGUAGACCAGUGGUACGAUGUUUUGCAAGAAGGUUCAGUCUACUACGUGUCUUCUUGCAAGGUCCAAUUGGCCAAGAAGCAAUUCUCCAACGUUAACCAUGAUUACGAGCUCACCUUCGAGAGAGACACCAGCAUUGAGAAGGCAGAAGACAACGAGGGCGUUCCUCAAAUCACAUACAAUUUCACUACCCUCGCCGACCUUCAGAGCGUCGAGAAGGACACAACUAUCGAUACUAUUGGUGUGCUCAAGGAAGUCGGCGAUGUUAACGAGAUCGUUUCCAAGACUACCUCCAAGCCAUUCAGCAAGAGAGAGCUGACUCUGGUCGAUAACACCGGCUACAAUGUUCGCCUGACCAUUUGGGGCAACACUGCACUCAACUUUGAUGUUCCCACGGAGACUGUAAUUGCAUUCAAGGGCGUCAAGGUCAGCGACUUUGGCGGUCGCAGUCUUUCACUCCUGUCUUCCGGCACAAUGAAUGUCAACCCCGACAUUGACGAGGGCCACAAGCUCAAGGGCUGGUACGACGCUCAGGGCCGCAACGACACAUUCUCAUCACACGCCAAUAGCAUGGCUACGACAUCAACGAGUGGCCGUAACGACCAAAUGAAGACCAUUGCCCAAGUGCGUGACGAGAACUUGGGCAUGGGUGAGUCGACAGACUAUUUCUCCCUGAAAGCAACCAUCGUCUUCGUCAAAUCAGAUACCACCUUCGCCUACCCUGCUUGCUUGUCAGAGGGAUGCAACAAGAAGGUGGUCGAGGUUGCAGAAGGAGAAUGGCGCUGUGAGAGAUGUGACAAGGGCUGGCCCAAUCCUGAAUGGAGAUACAUCAUGAGCAUCAACGUCAGUGAUCACACAGGACAGAUGUGGCUCAGCUUGUUCGACGAUGUGGGCAGAAUGAUCAUGGGCAGACCUGCCAACGACAUCAUGAAGAUGAGAGAUGAGAUGAGCAACGGCGAGAAGGAAGUUUUCGCCAACGCCGUCUGCCAGACUUACGUCUUCAGAUGCAGAGCCAAGAUGGACACAUUCCAAGACCAGCAGAGGGUACGCUACCAAGUGUCAUCAGCAGGCCCUGUCAACUGGUCGGCAGAAGGCAAGAAGCUUGCAGACAUGAUCAAGCAGUACAGCCUGUCUGACAAUGACAGUUUGUUUGUCAACUAG